AUGAGAAAGUAUGGAUGUGGAGUGGAUGAGAUGACAUUGAGAGGCCGUUUUGAUUGUGGGAAAGCUAGACCUCAUUAUGUUCUUAUGAACUUAGCAUCCGAGUCUAAUUGGAAGCAAUAUAAGGAGGUAGUUGAGCAUGCAAAUGUUGUAUGUUUGGAUGUGGUAGUUCAUAUUUGUCCUAGGCCUAACGCAAAUGUUGCCUUAAGAGAUGAAGUACAGUUAGUAGUUGAGAAUGGUACCCAAGAGUCAACAAUUUCACAGCAUGGUUUAGGUGAAAGCCAAUCUGAUUUUAGCUUGGCCAUUGCAAAUGAUGAUUUUUCCAAUGAUACUUUUAAGUGGGAAGAAGCAAACAUAGAUGAUGAUGACAUAUCUCUAUGUUCCGAAGAUGAUGACUUUGAUGAGGAGAAUGGGGUAGAAGAUAUUCAGGCCAACGCACAUGAAGAUGUAAUAGUCGGAGAUGGGUCUGAAUGUGAGGAGUCACAAUCUGAGGAGGAUGUGCCUGAUUUUGAGGAGGAGUCACAAUCUGAGGAGGACAGGCCUGAAUCUGAGGAGGAUGAGUCACAGUCUGAGGAGGAUGGGUCGUAA